GCCCGACUCGUCUCGUGUAAUCUCCAGAUUUUAUGAAAGCAUUGGCAAUGGGCCCGAGCGCUUCUGCAGUGACAUGUGUAGUGGCACCAACUCUUACGAAAGGAUGUUCAACCAUACGUCUUCGUCCCUCGCCUGCUGUUGGUGCCCCAAAACUACCGAGUUUGGCGCACAAUACUCGGGGGAAAUGCAUAAGGGAGGCGAGGGCUUGGAGGGUCUUAACAGCUUCAUUCACCCCAGACUCAACUCCGGCCGGCGGAGCCAGGACUAUGGGCAAAAGGAUAUUGCAAUCACGCGUUGCAAAAUGCGUCCUGGCCCAUGGGCUUCUCGUGACUGAACACUCUGCAAGUCUAGUCCCACCCUGUUUCGACCCAAUGACAUCUACCUUAGCGGGCAGAUCAAAUCCCAGCGCUUGGCACUCGGUACUUUGGACCAACAGCUGGGGGAUUUGCCCUGACUGUCCGGGGGUCAAGGCUAACAGCAACGAGUGCUCGUCGUAUUAAAAAGCCUGCAAUAAACAACGUGUCUUACACAAUUGCAGUCAGUCAUCGACGCCACCAACAACAAUUCCAAUUUCACGCUCGCUGAGAAAAAUGUGUGGCAUAACGGGAGGUGGUCCAACACAGACUCGAUCCAGACACUCACCAUGGGCGGAAGUGGUACGUCUGGUGGGCUCCGCUUCAUAAGCGGUACCGGGGAG